GCUCCCGUGGUCAUACUACGCAUUGCCUGCUGACCGACCGCAGGAAACACCCAGACUCGUUUCAGCGCGGCGUCCUUUCACUCCAGCGGGGAGAUGGCCAGCCAGUCCCAGGGAAUCCAACAACUGUUACAGGCAGAAAAACGGGCGGCGGAGAAGGUCGGGGAAGCCCGAAAACGUAAGACCCGUCGCCUGAAGCAGGCCAAGGAGGAGGCCCAUGCGGAGAUAGAGCAGCACCGUGUGCAGAGGGAGAAGGAGUUCAAAACCAAAGAAGCUGUGGCCCUGGGUUCCCAUGGUAACUCAGCAGUGGAGGUGGACAAGGAAACUGUGGACAAGAUGGGACACAUCCAGGGCAGCUACAAGCAGAACCGUGAAGCCGUCCUGGGUAACCUGCUGAAGAUGGUGUGCGACAUCAAGCCAGAGAUCCACGCUAAUUACCGCACAGCUGGAUAGAACUCCACCCUGCCAAACUAGUGCUCCCGGGGCAUUCUGGGAUAAAUACUACUGUUGUAGUUGUACAACAAUUGCAUACCUUACUAGGAUAGUCAUACUUGUUAACAAAAUCGCUUAUUAUGAUUCGUUUCUUCUAACAUCCCACUUGGUAUCUUAUUUAUCUGUAAAUACUAACAAUUAAAAACAAGGUUUUAAUGGCUAGCCAACCGCAGCCACUCAUUAGAAUUUGAUGCAGUUUUGAUGCAGUUGGCCAUCCCUCAGUCUAGGUAACAUACAUGCUUACUAAUUAAGUAAUAAAGACAAGGUGAAUAUGGUUAAUAAUGAGCCAGUGAUCGUUAUUGCUGCCUAUGUGAAAGGUAAACUUGUAACGGGGGCCUGGCUGCCUGUGGAGUAGUUUGGAUUCUGUGCGUUAUUCUAUGCAAUGUAGUGCUGUCAUCUUUAUUUGUGUAAGAGGUUUUAGUCACUUUUUUUGGGAUUAUCCUGGGCAGACUGAUCAGAACACAAUAUUAACACAGUUCAUGGCAGCAUUUGGUUUGCACUGCAAGUCUUUGAGGAACAGAAUUACAAUUACAGUCAGAAUUACAUUCUCUAAACCCACACCUCACCCGUAUAGUGGCCAUUUCACUGCAAAAUAACAGUAAUUUAACAUUGUGGUGCUUUGUUUACUGAAUAAAACUGUUGAAAACAA